UCUGCCCUUUGCUUCUCCCUUUCUCUUCUACUUCUCUUCUGAAUCUCAAACUCAAGGUCUUCUUUUUCUCUGCCACUACAAAAACCCCUUUCUCGCUUUAAAACAACAAACAAAACCAGCAGACGAACCCUGAAAAUUCACACGAAAACCACACAAAUCUAUCUCGAAUCAUGGAGGAGAAUCAUGAAUCAUCAGGUUUCAAUGUUGAGGAUUUCACCGUUUCCAAUAACAAUAAUAAAGAUCACGGAUGGCAAAAAGUUGUUUAUCCAAAACGUCAGAGGAAAACUGCAGCGGCGGAUGCUGCCAAGGAUGUAAAAGCAAAUGGUGGUGGUGGUGCGAAAUCUAAUGUGUUUAGAUCGGUGGAAUUACAUGCUGAUGAUAGACGUCGUCGUAUAACGGAAGCACAGAAAGCGAAUAAUGUAGAACCUGUUGUUAGAUCGAAGAAACAACAUCGUGGUUCUGAUGAUGAUUACGAUUAUGAAAGUGAUGAGGAGGUUGUGGAGAAUGGUAAAGUUGAAGAGAAGAAACCUAAAGUGAAGAAAAUUAAGAGACCUAAAGUUACUGUUCAGGAAGCUGCUUCUAAAAUUGAUGCUUCAGAUCUUGCUGCAUUCCUUGUUGAUGUUACGGCAUCGUAUGAAGCUCAGCAAGAUAUCCAGCUCAUGCGAUUUGCGGAUUACUUCGCUAGAGCUUUUUCGAAUGUAGCUGCAUCACAAUUCCCGUGGACAAAGACUUUCAAGGAAUCCCCAAUUGCAAAGAUAGCUGAUAUACCUCUCAACUAUAUCUCCGAGGAUGUUUACAAGACAUCAGUUGAUUGGAUUAACCAACGAUCUCUUGAGGCACUUGGCUCCUUCGUUUUGUGGUCUUUGGACAGCAUUCUCGCGGACCUAGCAGCACAUCUACAAGUUGGUUCCAAGGGAUCCAAAAAGGCUGUUCAACAGGUCUCCUCAAAGGCCCAGGUUGCGAUAUUUGUGGUCUUAGCAAUGACGUUGCGACGGAAGCCUGAUGUUCUUGUCAGCUUGUUGCCAACUCUGAGGGAAAACCCAAAAUAUCAAGGUCAAGAUAAACUGCCAGUUCUUGUAUGGGCAGCCACUCAGGCAUGUCAGGGAGACCUGGCUGUUGGGAUGUUUGCAUGGGCAUAUAACUUUUUACCUGUCAUCAAUGCAAAAUCGUGUAAUCCCCAGUCUAGGGAUUUGAUACUGCAGUUAGCGGAGAGAAUCUUGUCAACCCCAAAAGCCCGCCCUAUCUUGUUGAACAGCGCAGUCAGAAAGGGUGAGCGUAUGGUUCCACCUUCAGCUUUUGAGCUUUUAAUGCGACUUACCUUUCCAGCAUCCUCAGCUCGAGUCAAGAUAAAUUUUUUUUUGCAGGCAACUGAGAGGUUUGAGGCUGUAUACCCUGUCCUGAAAGAGGUGGCUCUUGCUGGUUCCCCUGGAAGCAAAGCAAUGAAGCAAGUUACCCAGCAGAUAUUUACUUUCUCACUCAAAGCUGUCGGAGAAAGUGCUCCGGAAUUAUCUAAAGAAGCAACUGGUGUUUGCAUAUGGUCGUUGACUCAAAACACCGAUAUUUACAAACAUUGGGAAAAAGUGUACUUGGAGAAUGUAGGAGCAAGUGCUGCCGUUCUUAAAAGGCUGGCAAAUGAAUGGAAGGAGCACUCUGCUAAACAUUUAUCUCUUGAUCCUUUGAGGGAGGCUCUUAAGAGUUUCAGGCAGAAGAAUGAAGAAGAGCUUGCCGAUGCAGAGAAAUCAAGCCAGCAUGCAUCCAUUCGGGAAGCAAACAAGUAUUGCAAGGUCUUAUUAGGAAGAACUUCUCGAAACCAUGGAUGCUUGAAAGGCAUGGCCGUUGCACUUGUUGCAGUUGCUGUUGGUGCCUUUGUGAUGUCCCCAGAGAUGAUGGUAUCAUUGGACUUGGAGAAGAUUAAAGUUAUGCUUGGUAACCUGGGAUCCGUUUAAAUGAAAGAUAGCUACAUUACCCAGUUUUCACUCGAGUUCCUUCAUGGACAUGUUAUCUUAGUUGUCUUUUUUGUUCUUCUUUUUUUUUUGACAAAGUGUCGUCUUGUUUUAGAAAAACAGAACUUUUAUCUUAUGUGGCUUACAAAAGUUUCUAUAUUAUACUAACUCUGUUUCUGUUCUUAUACAAACUAGUAUAAACCUGGGCUAAGCCUGGGAUCAGCUUUUUAUUGAGAGCUGUUAGGUUAAAUCAAGCUGUUUUUCCUUUAGCACAUCUUAUUGCUUGACAUGUUUUAAUCUAAGUUGAGACUAGCUUUUUUGGAACAA